AGCACGGUGGACAGGGAAAAGCAAUGGCGGUUGCUUUGGAAGUUAGCACAGGGGGGUCGGCGAUCGAUGGUGAAAGAAUUGGGAGGAUUUGCGAGGAGGAGGAGGAGGAGGAGGCGGAUCCAUGGCAGCCAAGUUGUUGACCCAAGAUCGCGACUUUUGUGACCGGAGGUUGGGAGUGGACUUGGGAUCAUCGCGGGAGGAGAUCGGGGAGGGAGGAGGAUCCGAGGAUGCAAAGCAGUGUCGUGAGAAUUGCGGGAGCAAUCCGAGGGAUCUCGAUAGCAGCCGUUGUGAGCUUCGUGAGUGGAGCUCUGCUGCUCCGGCUGCUCAUGGUGGAAGGCCCGGCGCUGCGAUCCCUGCAACUGACUUGGGCAGCGCCAGUUCUCCGCGCGGCGAUGGCGCCCACCUCCGCCUCCUCCGCCGCCUCCGCCUCGGCGCUCGAGCAGCUCAUCCCAGCGCCGGCUCCCGCCCCUCUUCCCGAUCCCGCUGACACCGCCGCCGCCACCACCGACGUGGACACCACGGAACUCCUGGUGGCUAUGGUGUCGUCGAUCCCGCCAUCCAGCAUGCAGCCGCUGGCGCUGUGGGAGCUCUUCAAGCCCGUGAUGGCUCGCCGGGAUCUCUUCGCGGAGGCGAGGACCAAGAUGACGGACGCGUGGAAUGCCUGGCAGCAGCUGCUCGAGUUUUUGAGGGACACCGCCGCCUCCGCCGCCACCAGGAAGGCGAGCAGCGAGGAGCGCCACUGCCCCUACUCGGUCAGCUGGCUCAACGCCACGGACUUGAGCAAGGGGGGCCGCGUUGUGGCGGACAUACCGUGCGGCCUGGUGCUGGACUCGUCCAUCACGCUGGUCGGAGCGCCCGCCGGCGUCAUGGGCGACUUCCGGAUUGAUCUUGUCGGGCAGAGCUUCCCGGGUGAGAGGGCCGAGGCGCCAAUUAUCCUCCAUCACAACAUCCGGUUGGGCGGAGAUCAGCUCUCUCCCCGAGCUGUGAUCGUACAAAACACUUGGACUGCGGCCACGGACUGGGCGGACGAGGAACGAUGCCCGCCUCCUCCGGCAUCGCAGCAAGAUCUCCGGACAGUGGAUGGUCUCGCGAUGUGUGCCCCGCAAGUGGGCAUUCGAGACUCGCCUGCAAACGCAAACGCUUCGUCGUCGCCUCCCUCGAAGUGGCCUGGUGCGAUAACGCAGCAGCACGGCAAGAAACCAUGGUUUCCUUAUGCCGACGGCCAUCCUUUUGCUGCGACGGUGUGGGCUGGAUGGGAUGGAUUUCACGUAACUGUGGACGGGAAGCACGUAACGUCGUUCGAGUAUAGGCAGAACUUGGAGCCGUGGAUGGUGAGCAGUGUCCGGCUGGAGGGGAGUUUGUUUCUCACCUCGCUCAUUGCGAAUGGACUGCCCACCUCCGAGGAUCAAAACACGCUCCGAGACUUGGACCGCCUGAAAGCGCCGCCUUUGCCCCCCAAAGGCAAGGCCUUGGAUAUGUUCAUUGGUGUGUUUUCCACGGGGAACAACUUUGAGAGAAGGAUGGCGGUGAGGAGAUCCUGGAUGCAGUACGAGCUUGUGAGGUCUGGUAAGAUUGCGGUGCGCUUCUUUGUGGGACUGGACCAAAACCAACAGGUGAAUGUGGAGCUGUGGAAGGAGGCCGUGGCUUAUGGCGACAUUCAGCUGUUACCAUUUAUCGAUUACUACAACCUCAUCACGCUGAAAACGCUAGCCAUUUGCAUCUAUGCAACGAAGAUUGUCAAGUCGCGGUACGUGAUGAAGACUGACGAUGACACGUUCGUGAGGGUGGACGAAGUGUACGCUUCCGUUAGGCGGACCAACCGAAGCGAGGCUCUUUUGUAUGGACUGAUCGAAGGGGACUCGAAACCCAACCGUGACUACCGCAGCAAGUGGUAUAUCACAGAAGAGGAGUGGCCUCUUCCUCGGUAUCCUCCUUGGGCUCACGGUCCAGGCUACAUUUUUUCCCGUGAUAUCGCCCGGUUUGUGGUGAAGAGGAACGAGGAGAUGCGCCUCAAGCUGUUUAAGCUGGAGGACGUUGCAAUGGGUGCGUGGAUUGAAGAGUAUGGUCGGGUACGCAAGAAGAACGUAAGCUACGCCAGCGACGCCAAUUUUCUCAGCGAGAACUGCAAGGAUGGGUAUAAGAUUGCGCACUAUCAAAACCCCCGGCAAAUGAUUUGUUUGUGGCAACACUUGGAGCAAGGCUCCGGGCCUUUGUGUUGCAACUGAGAGAGCUCGUUUUGAGCCGCGUUUGUGUACAUAAAAGCUGGAGUAGUCGUGAUCAAUUCGGAAAACUUUUGGAGGUGUAAUUUACCUCUCACACGAUCAAA